UGACAAUUGUGCAUAUAUUUUUCCUAUUGUUUAAGCGACAUAAACAACAGUUUGCUCGAAAUUUCUUUUAACAAACGUGGUCAAAACAGAAAUAAAAUAUGAGUGGGUUAAUACCCCCAGCUCAAGUGCAGCAGCUGAAGUUGUUUGUACAGGCAUGUCAGAAUAAUCCAAACAUCCUGCAUAUCCCAGAAUUGGGCUUUUUAAAAAGCUGGCUAGAAAGCAUGGGAGCAACUGUUCCACCACCAAAGGCACAGGAGGAGACAACUCCACCACCAACACAGGAACCCGAAGCUUCAGAACCAGAGCCCGAGCCGGAACCCGAGAGUGAGGAAAGUGAUAUUGAACUGGAUAAUUCCGGUGUGGUGGAAGAUCCCGAUGAUUUCAUGCCGGAAUAUCCCUCAAUUGGAGGUGAAGUCACUGAAGAAAUGAUGGACCAAGCUUCAGAGAAAAGAAAUGAAGCAAUGUCCGCUGUGGGUGAAGGAAACCUGGAGGAAGCAGUACAUCUUUUUACAGAAGCAAUCAAGUUAAAUCCUAACUCAGCAAUACUGUAUGCAAAAAGAGCAAGUGUAUAUAUUCGGAUGAAGAAAUUGUUGGCUGCUAUACAUGACUGUGACAAGGCAUGCCAGUUGAAUCCAGAUGCUGCAUCUGGUUUUAAAUUCAGAGGAAAAGCUAGAAAAAUGUUGGGCCAUUGGGAGGAUGCCUACCAUGAUCUAACACAAGCCGCUAAACUUGACUAUGAUGAUGACAUAAACGAGAUGUUGACACAAGUAAAACCUAAUGCUAUAAAGAUUCAGCAGCACAAGAGGAAAUACGAGCGUAAGAGGGAGGAGAAGGAAUUACAGGCGAGAAAGGAACGUGUGAGAAAAGCCAAGGAGGCUCAGGAAAAAGCCAGACAGGAGAGUCAGAGUUCAGGUAAUAGUCCAGGUGGUUUCCCAGGGGGAUUCCCAGGUGGUAUGCCUGGAGGAUUCCCUGGUGGGAUGCCAGGGGGAUUCCCUGGUGGGGGAAUGCCUGGGGGAUUUCCAGGUGCUGGAGGAUUCCCAGGGGCAGGAGCAGCAGGGGGAGCUGGGGGCAUGCCUGACAUCACUAAACUGUUGCAAGACCCAGAAAUUAUGGCAGCAUUCCAGGAUCCUGAAGUGUCACAAGCAUUCAUGGAUGUGAGUCAGAAUCCAGCUAAUAUUUCCAAAUACCAGAACAACCCUAAGAUCCAGAAAAUAAUUCAGAAAAUGUCGGAGAAGUUUGGCAUGUUUGGUGGGGCUGGAUCAGGAGAUGGGAGUGGCCAUGGAGGACCAGGAGGUGCGGGCGGGGCGGGUGGAGCAGGAGCCCCUCCCUCACAGCCAGACCUGGGUGUUGAUUAAAUUAAUGGGACCAGCUGGCAGAUUGAGCAAACUACUCCUUUCAUGUUAAUACAACUGUUGAAUUAGAGAAACAACGUAAAGCUGAUUGUAUUAUAUGUUCAAGUUGUGAAAAAUUACUUUGUUUUAUAUGUGUUUUUGAUAACGACUUGUUUAAUGAGUUUGUUAAUGACUUGCAUUGAUAACUUUUUUACUCGGAUGUGUAGUGACUGUUACUGUAAUAACAACAUUUUUAUAAACCUUUGAAGAUUAUGAACAGUGUUUUAUUUGGUCCCAUUUUUAGAGGAGGGUUAUUUGAAUCAUGGUCAUCAAUUAGCUUGAAGUUGAUUUAUAUCAUUAUUCAAAUUUUAUCUCUUGCAUUGAUACAUGUUAAAUGCCAAGUGUCAUCUUCUUUUCAUAAAAAAUUUUAUGAAUAAAAAAAUUGAAUAAAGAUUGAAAAUUAGGUCUUUGACAAAUAAUAAAUAAAACAUUUACACAAGAAAAAGUUUAUGACUUUAAGAAAAUGUUUGUGUAUAGAGUAUUUAAGCAGAGUUUUAUGUGAUUGGAUGAAUGAUGGUGAAAAGUUUUUUGACCGGUAGUUUUACAGUUUUUGUCUUGACUGUUCUCUUUUUCUGACAUUAAAAUGUAAAUGUAUUUGAUUUCAAGCAGCAUGCCUUCACAUGACUUAGGUUAAUCUUUGAAAAAUAAAAAUUAGGGAAUAAUAUAUCUGUAGAUUUAUGAAUAUAUAAAUAUUCAUAUAUCUAGUGAAUCAUGACAGAAUUAUCUAUAUCUCUCAUCAAAAUUCUACCCUGAUACUAGCAGAAAGAGAUUCUUUGUAUAUGUUUACAUGUUACAUAUAAUAAGUUUGAUUGAGCAAUUGUGAAUUACUGAAUUUAAACAUUGGGGAAAUACUUAAGUUUCAAAUCGGGAGGCGUGCGGCUUUAAGUUAUAUUAAUUAUACUGCAUGCAAUUCAGAUCACAGCAUGUUAUGAUUGUGUUUUCAUUUAAUCAACUACUUAAUUAAUAUUAGAUGUAUAAUAAUUAUAAUGUAUAUUUGGUGAUUAAUUUGUAUUGGCAGUAUUUAUGUGUUUGUUCGUCUAAUUUUGUGUGCCGAGUCUCCUUGCACAGUUUUGAGUUACACGUCAUAAGAAAAAAAAGCGUUUUCAUUUUGUCAUUUAUAAAUGUGAAUGUCUGUCAUGACUUCCCUAAUCUGACAACAACCAGCUUUUUAUGUGAUAAGUUGUGAAUAUCAAGGUAUCAAUGUGCUUUGAUCUAUUACACAUCCUUAUAAAUUACUACAAGUGUGAGAUUUUUAAGAGACUAUCCGUGUAUUUGCCAUUUCCAUAUUCCAAUUAGUUAGACAGUUUUUGUUUUUUUUCUUAUAACACUCAUAUGUAUGUGUACUUGAUAUUUGUAUUUUCACACAUUUCAUUGCAAGAAUGGGGUUAUUCAUCAAUAGGGGGAGAUUUGUGCAUUUCUUAUUGUGCCAUUUCAACAUUUUAUUUUAUUUCAUACAAAAUCUUUUGUAAAAAAAUAUAACAAACAAAAUCGGACAAUUUUAACACUACUUUUCUUUACUUCAUGUUUACAUUUUUAUUUAUCAGUUUCUAUAAUGUAUUUGCUGUGUUUGCAAUUUGGAGCACCAUUUUAAGUUCAACUUCCAGAAAAUUAGCUCAUGUUAUAUUAAAUUUAAUUAAAUAUUUAAAUUGAUGAUCAAAACCAAACAACAAUUUUCUGUAAGACUAUAUAUCUACAUGUACUUUGUGUCUUAGGUCAUAUAAUAAUUGUCAAUAUUUAGACAUACAUAUAAUGUAGAGAUGUAUAUAAAAUUUUCGAAAUUACUAGAUCCAUUAAAAAUUGGCAAGUAAGAAGUUAGUGUAAAAGUAGAUGAAGGUUUGAAUUGGCAGGAUUCGUGGCCACUUUGUGUUAUAGACUGUCCUAUUUUGAUAGGAAUUUUAGAACUGCAUAGUUUUUGUAGACCGUAGUGAAUUGAAAAAAUUUGUAGGACAAUGCAACAUUUAUAGACGGACAUAAAUUGUAAGGAUAUUUGUAGUAACUUCUCUGUAUUAAUUUGUCUUGAAAUACUUUUAGCAUAAUAUUAUUGCUUAUUUUCUAAAUACUUAAGAAACAUUUCUAACUUUCAUCUUUUAAAUAAAACAUUGCAAGAAGCUGUCAAUUAUAUACAUGAUGUAGAGUUAAACUCAACUGAGAUUCCAUAUUCUUCUUGUUCAUUACACAAAAUGAUUGCUUGUGUGUCUGUGUACCCAUGUUAGUUUAGUUUUAUGUUUUCAUUAGAAAUUCUGUAACCCAUUUUCUUAUAAUAAAAGUCAUGCACCAA